CCCCAUCCAAACGCGUGCAACGCGUUGGGGCCAUCUCCGACUCCCAGGCAAGCGUCUCUGCAAAGUUUGUUGGCUCUGCGAUGUCUCGCGCAGUCACCAUCAAAGGCUACAAACCGGCCUGACCACACCUGUCACCGGCAUUGACUGCCUGAUUUCUCUCAACAACAACCCCCAAAAAGGAAACCCGGAAAUUUCUUCAACCCUUGCGAAACCUCUUUGACAACCCCGCAAAGAAUUUCCCUUUCCGUUGUGUUUGUGUGCGCGCUAGCCCGCAUCCACUGCUCAUCUCUCUCCUGGCACAUUCUCCAGUAGGAGAGAAGAAAGGCACUCGCUUGGCAAGCAAACAUGGCCGACGACGGCCCUAACAAGUAUAUCACGCUGGUCUCGAGCGACGGCUUCGAGUUCGUCGUGCUCCGCGAAGCUGCCUGCGCAAGCCCAACCAUUGCCGGCAUGCUCCGGAACCAGAUGGUCGAAGCCAAGACGGGCCGGUGCAGCUUUGCCGAAAUCAGCUCUAUCAUUCUGGAAAAGGUUGCAGAGUACUUGAGCUACCGACUCAAGUACAAGGACAAGUUGGAUGUUCCAGACUUGGACAUUCCCGUCGAGUAUUGCCUGGAGAUGAUUGUCGUGGCUGACUUUCUUGGCUUGGAUGAACAAAUGGCGUAAUGUACUAGCAAAGGCCUUGGCUUGGUAUUGGCGCUGCGGCGCUCAAUGCAGUUACGAAUGAAUAUUCACGACCUGAAUCCGCAGGACAGGUGCAACAAGCCCCUACCUUUCGAUCUUGUCGUGGUUCUCUUACCGAACCUACCGAACCUAAGCAAAUCUACUUCAAGUGACUCCUCCCCAAGCACCAUCUUAGCAUAUACGUCCAACCCCUUUCCUCUGUGGGUACGAUGUCUAAAAUAGAUGGAAGAACAAUGUUCCUUCACGAUCUACGAGGCUCUUGUCUUUUACGGGGUCUUGCUUUAUAUGAAUAGGAUACAUCUUGCCAUAUCAAUACAAUUUACACACCAUCUUUUCUUGAACA